AUGUUAAUCGCAUUCGUUUUAGGACUCACCGCGCUGAUCAACUACUAUGUAGUUUUUCCUAUCUUCUUGAAUCCACUCAUUAAGCAAGGUAUUCCUGGGCCUUGGCACUACAAAUUGACCAGGUUCUUCAUUUUGAAUAUCACUAGGCGGGAAAAGCGAUUAGAAACCUUACAAAAGCUACAUGAGAAGUAUGGGCCCGUCGUUAUGGUCGGGCCAAAUGAGGUUUCACUUAACUCUUUGGAUCUCGUUAAAAAGGUGUAUCUUGGAAAUUAUCCUAAGGAAUUUAAAAACAGCGAUGGUACUGUAAAGGGUUUUUACUCUCAGUUCGGGAAUUACGGAGAAACCAACAUGUUCACGAUCGGCGAAAACCGUGAGCAUUUGCAGCAGAAGAGACAAUUGCAAAAAUUGUAUUCCAACAGUAGUAUUAAGUGCUCUCAAGCCUUUAUCCGAGCAAAAGUCCUGGAAGUUGUCAAAAAAAUUGAAAUUAUUGGGUAUGGAAAGAACGUCGAAGUUGGUUCUUUGUUCACGUCUUUAGCCAUGGAUGUUGUUUCGGGGUUCAAUUAUGGCUCUAAAUUGUCGUCUACAUUUGUGAACGACCUUGCUCACACCGCCGUGGAUCUUAAUUUAUCAGAAAACCUCUUCAGCUCUUUCAGAGCAACUACCUCUAUGUGGUUUUACACCACGUUGAUGCCGUCACUUUGGGCACCGGUAGCUCGGCUAUAUGGGAUCGACAAACGUGCGGAAUUGGGAGCUCAGUGGAUAUACGACAAUUUUGCCAAGGGAAUGGAUCUGCUAGUCGCUGAAGAAAGUGUUGAUGUUGCGCAGUUCCCUUUAAAUUCUGUUAUUGCUAAAAUGUGGGAAACAGCCUCGGAGAAAAGGUACCAUAAUGGGCCUGAGAAGAUUGAUUUGACGUCUGGGGUUCCACCUUUUAAUUAUAAAGUCAGCGGCAUGACUACCAGAGACACUAACAAGAUUGCAAGCGAGAUUGCGGACCACAUUGUAGCUGGUCACGAAACCACCGGAGUGACGCUAACGUAUAUAGCCUGGGAGCUGUCGCGACCCGUUAAUUUCAUUUGGAGAGAAAAGCUCAGGCAAGAACUUCGGGGGACCAGGAGUCUCAUUUGUGAAGAGCUUGAAAAUCUGCCGGUUCUCGGUGCUAUCAUUUCGGAGUCUCUUCGUCUCCACGCGGCCAUUCCCGGUAGUGAACCCAGAUUUGUGCCCCGGGGCCAGGCACUAAAAACCACGGUCGCAGGCUGUCAGGUAGAAAUACCGGAAGGUACCAUUGUAGCGUGCCAACCCUGGACGCUACAUCGUCAGGCCGUAUUUGGCGCAAACCCCGAAAGGUUCAAGCCCGCUCGGUGGCUCCAGCAACCCGAGGAGCCUGAGCAAGAGUUCAAGCAGCGACUCAAAGCGAUGCAUAGCAAUAUGUUCGUGUUUGGGGAGGGCAACAGAAUGUGCCUUGGUAUGCAUUUGGCGCUAGCCGAGAUCAGAAUGGUUACUGCUGCGAUCUAUUCUCGUUUCGAGACAACCGUUAGCCCGGACUGGUGCCCCAUCAUUGAUUCGGAUGACACUCCCGUUAAGCUUGGCUAUGGUGCGUUAUCCACUCGGACCCGCUCUACUGACUACCACAAGAUGCCCGAUAUCGACAAAAUGGCGAUGGCCGAUAGCUACGUAACGAGGCCAAUGUUCGACGAAUGUUGGCUACGUUUUGAGCCCUUUUCAGACUGA